CCGGACCCGCAGCCUCAUGGCCAUGUCCCUGCCGGGGAGUAGACGGGCCUCUGCUGGAUCCCGCAGGCGCACCUCUCCACCUGUGAGCGUGCGGGAUGCCUACGGCACCUCUUCCCUCAGCAGCAGCAGCAACUCAGGCUCCUGCAAGGGCAGCGACAGUAGCCCCACACCAAGGCGCUCCAUAAAGUAUACACUCUGCAGCGACAACCAUGGCAUCAAGCCUCCCACCCCAGAGCAGUACCUGACUCCGCUGCAGCAGAAGGAAGUGUGCAUCCGGCACCUGAGGGCCCGGCUGAAGGACACGCAGGACCGGCUCCAGGAUCGGGACACCGAGAUCGAUGACCUGAAGACGCAGCUGUCACGCAUGCAAGAGGACUGGAUCGAGGAGGAGUGCCACCGUGUGGAGGCCCAGCUGGCCUUGAAGGAGGCCCGCAAGGAGAUCAAGCAGCUCAAGCAGGUCAUCGACACUGUCAAGAACAACCUGAUUGAUAAGGACAAGGGGCUGCAGAAGUACUUCGUGGACAUCAACAUCCAAAACAAGAAGCUGGAGACGCUGCUGCACAGCAUGGAGGUGGCCCAGAACGGCAUAGCCAAGGAGGAUGGCACCGGCGAGUCGGCUGGUGGGUCCCCCGCCCGCUCCCUCACCCGAAGCUCCACCUACACCAAGCUGAGUGACCCGGCUGUCUGUGGGGACCGCCAGCCUGGGGACCCCACCGGCUCCUUCACCGAGGACGGGGCUGACAGUGGCUACGUGGCAGCUGACGACACACUGAGCAGGACGGAUGCACUGGAGGCCAGCAGCCUGCUGUCAUCGGGGGUGGACUGCGGCCCGGAGGAGGGCUCGCUGCACAGCUCCUUCGGCCUGGGCCCCCGCUUCCCUGCCAGCAACACCUACGAGAAGCUGCUGUGCGGCAUGGAGGCCGGUGUGCAGGCCAGCUGCAUGCAGGAGCGUGCCAUCCAGACAGACUUCGUGCAGUAUCAGCCUGACCUGGACACCAUCCUGGAGAAAGUGACCCAGGCCCAGGUCUGUGGGACAGUCCCUGAGUCAGGGGACAGGCGCCCAGAGCUAGACCCCCACCCCCCAGCGCCCAGAGACCCCAACUCAGCAGUGGUGGUGACAGUGGGUGACGAGCUGGAGGCCCCGGAGCCCAUCACCCGCGGACCCACCCCACAGCGGCCCGGUGCCAACCCCAACCCUGGGCUGUCAGUGAGCGUGGUGUGCCCCAUGGAAGAGGAGGAAGAGGCAGCCACAGCUACAGCUGAGAAGGAGCCCAAGAGCUAUUGGAGCCGCCACUACAUCGUGGAUCUGCUGGCUGUGGUGGUACCAGCUGUGCCCACGGUGGCCUGGCUUUGCCGCUCCCAGCGGCGCCAGGGCCAGCCCAUUUACAACAUCAGCUCCCUGCUGCGGGGCUGCUGCACCGUGGCCUUGCACUCCAUCCGCAGGAUCAGCUGCCGCUCGCUGAGCCAGGCGGGCCCGCGCUCCGCAGGCGGAAGCUCCCAGCUCUGA